UGGAAACAAGGGAUGUCUGUUCAGUGAACUCACCAACAGUCCCGGGGGAGAUCUGAUUUCAUGUUUUGGAUAAAUUGAGUGAAAUGUCGCAUAUACCUUUGUCCUCGCGCUGCUUACAUAGCUGAUUCGAAUUAUUUUGGUGGAACAGAUCGAAACGAAUUUGUUGUUGUCGUUGGAAUUCUCGUUAUCGACGUUUUAAGUGCAAUGAAUUGGAUUUUACUCGGAUUAGUACUGACAAGCAUUGAGAUUUCAAGAGGCGUUCUAGUUCGUUUAAAAGGUGGAAAGCACUUUUACGAGGGGCGAAUUGAGGUGUUAUACAAUGGUACGUGGAAAGCUGUUUGUGAUCACGGCUGGGACAGGAACGGGGCCAGAGUAGUCUGCCGCAUGCUUGGAUUUCCCGAUGUGCUGCGGUAUACAAAGGGGUCUGUAUCAUAUGAUUUGUUGCUUGUAUACCUGAAGAAACAUCUUAGGUUGAUGGUCAAAAGUUUCUGUUUAGGGCUGCACUGAAAUUUUUGUAAGUAGCAUAAUUUUGAGCUCAGUCUGCGACUCUUUGUAAGACCGUUUACAUUUUGGUAAUGUCAUGAAUAAGAGGAAAUUCCCGUUUACUCAACAAGUAAAAUUAAGAAACUGUAUGGCUAAUGUUAUUUUUAAUUUUAAUUGUAAAAGAACCCAGCAAUUACGUAAUGGACUAAAGUUUAGCAUUAGGGCUCAUCCGCUAGAGCCAUUUUAAAUUGUCCUUGAGAAUACGAGUCAUUGGGAGGCGACUGAGCUGGAGUUCUGUCUGUACAGGUCUGAGUAGGGAUCUUCUGCUGGGCUCAUCUCUUGCCCCUUUAAGGAAAGGUUGUGUGACACUAAGUCUUCGCACGGAAAUGCCCGCGGUGAAGAUAUGUGGGCAACACAUUGAUUGAAAAAUAUUUCAUGUCAGAUAACAAAAUGACUGCGUGAGAUGUUAUUACGUUCUCAGACACCCUCCUGCUACUAUUAAUGCAUUUGUGACUUGGUGUAUCUGCUCUACAAAGUAUGUCGUUAAGUGCUGGCCUUCUGUUACCAGUCUUAAACUAUUGCGUAACUUACAUCUGGUACAUGUAUAUAAUUUUGAGCACUGAAUAGCCUGCAUCCUGCAUAGCUGGUAAUUUUGGAGAACCAAAAGAUGUCAUGCUAAGGAAAAAUACAUAUUUAGAGCUUUCUUUCCUCUGUCAUUCUUGUGUUUCUCUUUGUUCAAUCAAAGAUCGAGGAUGGUUAGUGAUUCGCUACCAUAAUUUAAUUGACAUGUUUGCUGUUAAACGGUCCGUGAUGAAUGAUAAUCGUUUGUCGAAAUGACUUCCUUUUGGAAUUUUUACCGUUCUAGCUCUCAGCUUUCCACCUUCCAAAUAUUCAUGUAAAUCUCGGCUAUUUGUUUCACAAAACGGCUUUAACUUAACUUAAUUGGCAUUAACUUAAACAGAAUCACUCUGACCGAAAAAAAACUAUCAUACAGUACGCGAUCUUUUUUAUAACAACGUCUGACUUUGGGGCUGAGGCUGAACGUUCUUAUUUUAUUUUCUAUUUUGGGCUCUGAAGGAAAAUGAAAACUGGUUCCUGCCAUGAAGGAUUCCAGCUACUGUGGAUGAAAUCAUUGUUAACAUAUGACGGAAAUUCGGUAGUAAUCGAUUUUAAAUCACUGUUAUGGUAUAAUCUAACGGACAGAAAAACACUACAAUCCCACAAACUCAACUACUUUAUUAAACAGCGAGUAAUGUUCUUAACAAUGAGCGACUUCUAAAAACAAUACAAUACUUAUCGUUAAUAAACUUAAUUAAGCCCACCACAGUCUAUAUCCUGGCUCACCACUGACACAUUCUCACUGCUGUCUCCAAAGUUCCUUGAAAUAAGCAAUCUUCCGCAGUAUUUCUCUCUAGUUAUAGCUUUCAAAAUAGUCGUCGCUCCGACAACAACAGCUACUUCUCCUACUAGAUGAGUGAGUCUUUAUGUAUAUUCACAAAGUGUUCUAGAACAUUCCAGAAGCUUAUAUAAUAACUGUUCAGUUUAGUAAUAUUACAUAAUAAAUUCGUGACUAGAUGAAAUGUUCUGGAAAGUUCUACGGUAUGCAAGUCAGCAUGACCAUCAUUGGCUGUCACUCGCCGCAAAGUCUGCGGGGAUGUUUAAUGUAUGUACACUUUAAGAAUUGCUUAACAUAAAGUCCAUAUACAAUUGAUCAUUGUGAAAUUUGUUAUUAAGGUACACAGAUUGUCAAAUCACCAGGAACCGGGUUUUUUUAUAGUUCCCAACAGACAUCUCCGUGUAACAGCUCAAUCUAAGCACUUCAAAGACGUCAUCCUUUCAAGUUUGAGUCGUAGUAAAAGUCAUCUGCAUGGCGAGGAAAUUGAAAAAUAAGCACUCGUACCUUAAACAUCAUCACAACAUAUGGCUAGUUGUUGGUUAAAUCUCACAACUUCUACCCAAACUCAAUUUAACUCUGAGUAUUCCAUUUGCUUGGCUCCCUAGGCAUCACGCAUUUGGCGUUGGAAAUGGGAAAUUCUGGCUUGAUGACGUCAAAUGCUCUGGAGAGGAGGAUUCGAUUGAUAAGUGUUCGCAUAGGCCCUGGGGCCGACACAACUGUCAAAUCUAUAGUCAGGCUGGUGCUGUUUGCAGACAGCGCUUGAAUGACCUCAUUGUUGAGCCCAAGCCUUCGCAAGCCAGCGGUCAGGUAUAAUCUUGUUAAAUUUAGUCGAUAACAUCAUUUUUUAAUCCGGUUUCUAAUCACAAACUAGAUUGAAAUUUCCAAUGAUUUUGUUUGUAGAUUCAAUGAGAGCGAGCAAGAUACGACGUAAUCCUCGACCAAUCAGAGGGUGCGCAUUACUUGAACAAAUCAAUCAUUAUAUGACGCUUUAUUUCUCCGGACCAUGAUGAAAAAAAAUGCCAGUCUAGAUUAUAGCGUAAAUAAUGAUCGAUCAGACUUCAAAAAAGGUGCCGAAAAAUAUACGUAUCUACCGAUUGAUGAUUUAAGAAACGUUUUUGUUUAUAGUGCCUGAAAGAACAACCUUUAUCAUCCCAUCGUAAUGACGGGUCAAAACUGUGGGCGGAUCUGUGUUGGUUCUGUUGGAAUAGACCUCCUCUUAAGUAUGGUGAAAAAAACCGUACAUGUUUCCUUCACGCAAAGGGAAUCCAAGAUUGCAUGACAAGUUUCUUUCUUUCUGAUCUCAAUGCAGGUUUCAAAAGUCAACAUAAGGUUAGAAGGCCCAGUUGUUGAUGACUACAUAUCAGAAGGUGUUGUUCAAGUAGAGCAUGAAGGAAAGUGGGGUUAUAUUUGUCCUUCUCAAUGGACUCAACUGAACUCGUUCGUGCUGUGCGGCCAACUAGGAUUUCCUAACGCUGAGAAACUUAAGUCCCAUAAAGAAACCAUCCAAGAUUUGGAGCCCGUCUAUUGGCUGGACCAGGUGACGUGCAAAGGAUGGGAGUCAUCGAUUGUGUCAUGUGACCAUGCAGGGUGGAACAGUCAUCAAUGUGAAGAGGGGGGAGCGGUGAGGAUCGAGUGUGUCAGGCGAUUAAUCAAAAAAGUGAGUAUCCUGAUACAAAUCGCAGUUAACAGAUACAGGGAAGCAAAAAGGAAUUAAAUCUCUCUAGUCUUAAAGAAGCUAUUGGAAUUUUAUUUUUUUCAAGUCUUAUGCUUUCCUUUCGAUCGAAUUUAACUUGCUUUGGGAUUUCACUUGAAGAGGCUAAGUCACUCUGUGGGUUUGCACACUGAGUUCUUCCAGUUUCACUCUUAUAGGCGUUAAAUCGCUCUUGUUCCCCAUCGUAAUUAACAAGAAGCAGAACGCGUGGUUGUCAAAAUGCACGAUUUCAAGGUGUUUUGGUCACGUAUUCUUCUGUAAUCUGCAAGGUAGUUACAAUUCAAAAUGUGGCCAAUUUUUGAUCGAAUUGUUUUCUGAGAUUUUCAAUAAAUUUCAAGGCUCUCUCUCUCGAUGACAGCGCAAUGUGAAAGUUAUAUACUGCCUGUUUGAAGCACUGAAUACGAAUAAAAACCAACUCUCUCGCCCGUUAUCGUCGGAUCGGCAGCACGGGACCAGAAAGAUAAUUUUAUUCACUAACAGAUUACAUGUUUUGCACAACGCGAAUAAGCGCAGUAAGAGAAGCUUCAAAAGUAGAUAUUCAGGACUAUUUUAUAGCCUCGCGCAUUACACUCUGAUUUACCGAAGAGUUAGGAGGGGGGGGGGGUUGUUUCGUUUUUAAACUUCCGAUGAGGAUCAGUUUGUUAGCCAGGGAACAAAAGUCUGUAUCAAUUUUUUAUCUCUUUGUUGCGUUUAUCCUUUCAAGAGAUCGGACAGCGUUCUUCACGUGACACCCGUUUUUCUUCUAGACGUAAAACUUAAUGUUAGCAAAAGCAGCCAAACUGCGAGGUUUCGGUUUCCACUAUGCCUUUUGACAUUAGGCAGCACUUUUGGACCUUGUUUUUCCUCUUUGUAGCCACCAGACGUGAGAUUGCGAAGCGGGGCCCUGGUAUCGGAGGGACGUGUGGAGGUACAGAAUAACGGAUAUUGGGGCACCAUUUGUGAUGAUCACUGGACCAUAAGGGAAGCUAAUGUGGUCUGCAGGUCAAUGGGUUACGGUACAGCGGAAAUAGCAACAAAGAAUGCGUACUAUGGAAGAGGAAUUGGAAAGGUAUCAUAUCUGUAAUAGAGAGAGUCCGUAAUAACGAGAGUUAAUUUCAGUCAUUUCUUUAUGCGUUUCGCCGGGGGGACUGUCUUGUCUUCAAUGGCGGGGUGUCCAUAAUAGCGAGGUGUCCGCAAGGUGAGAGCCGACUGUACCGGGAAAAAAAUUCUCUAAGAGCCUUAUCCAAAAAAAAAAAGCGAGCACACAAUACGGAAUGGGCGGAGUAAUGUGUCAAGCCAUCAUGACAAAUUCCCGGAGAAACUUGCAAUGGACCAACCUGGGAAGAACCGUAUGCUCGAUGUCCAUCUCUCUCGAGUCUGUGCCUUUCCAAGAGAAGAGGAGGAGGAGAAGCGUGAGCUCAUUUCCCAAACGGUGGUUUGUUAUUAAGCCGAGAGGUAGCUGUGUUUCUUUACGUGUUAACGUAUAUAGGAAAUGAAAACCGUUGAUUUCGUUAUUGAAUUUUGAACUCAGAUCAUGCUCGAUGAUGUGUAUUGUGUGGGUACUGAGAAGAGUAUUAGACAGUGCAAGAAAAGAAGAUGGCUCAAGUCCGACUGUAAUCAUCAUGAGGACGCUGGUGUUAGAUGUCACGUGCCUUCCCUUCAAGGCCAUGAGGUAGGUAAUAUAAUGUUAAAUAAAAUAAUACAUCUGUCUGUGUAUUUCACCGUAAAUGAAAUCACAUUUUAUGUGAAAAGGUAACUUGGACAAUUUGUUUUGCUGGGAGCAAGGAAGGAAAUCAGUGUUUCCCACCUGAGGUGUUUAAAAAGGGAUAUUGGUGGAAUUCCUUUAUUGAUAUGAUAUACUAAUGUUGACUAAAACAAUGAGAAAAUAUAACAUGAAAAGAUGAUUUUAACUUAUUUAUUCCUGCGACGAUUCCAAUAUUUUCGGGCGCAAAUCCGGCGCGAGUUGCUUAGAGGUGAAUAACAAAGAAUAUUCAGAGUUCUAGUAGCCAAUCAGAGCGCACCUUCCACGGUAUCCACUGUUCUAGUAAAUAACGAAACUGUGUAUCUGAUGUGGUUAAAAAGAUACUGGUUUGUAUUUGGCCAGCAAAUGAGAAUAGGCCUUUACACUAACGUUUGGUUUUAAGAAGGCAGUAGCAUGUUGACUUUGGAUUCGACAAGUUCACACAAGUACAAUUUCGUUUUGGCCUUAUGUUGCAGGUUCGCAUUAGGGGCGGCGCAAACCAUCUUGAGGGUCGGGUUGAAGUCUUCUAUGAUGGAAAAUGGGGAACCGUCUGCGCUGAAGGGUGGGGAAUAGAAGAAGCUAUGACAGUUUGCCGACAGUUGAAUCUUGGAUAUGCCAGUGAAGCAGUUACGGAACAAAACUUCAGUCGAACAGAUCUUGAAGUUAUCAUGUCUGGAGUUCAAUGUCAUAUAAACGAUAUCUCUAUUUACCAUUGUGAACAUGAUGAGUGGAAAAACACCACCUGCAAUGACAAGAAGAAGUCAGCUGGAGUCGUGUGCGUUAGUGGUAAGACUUUUCCACCCUUUGCAUGUUCAGUCACGUGUGAUACAAAAGCUAUAUUCAAUAACACUCAGUAUUAUGGUUCUUAAGAGUUUGCACGUGGCACUUAGCGGUUCAUUUCGUACAGGUAGCAAUAUGAUUUCACGUGCAAUUUGGGGUUGAUAAACACGAGUAAAUUUUUCAAACGGGCUCGUGCAAUUUUUUUUUCUUUGAAAAUUUACAGGUGCUUAUUUUCACCGAGUUGCACGAGAAAUCAUGUCAUGAUGUUGCUUAUUAAUAAUUUACAUGAAAAACGCAUCACAGAAGGUCAAGACGGACGAAAUAUUGGCAGCGCGCGCGCUUUUAUACUUGUUGCAACUUUGUACUCUUGUCACAUGAAAAAUACAAUUGUUUUCAGCCAAUCAGACGCGUGUGAUUUUUUUCAUUUAUAUUAUCAUUUAACGAAAGAAAUUUGCAGAAAUGUUAAAGUGGUUGUGAAGUUAACUUGUUUUCUUUUUAAGAAAAUGGUCAUUUGAUGAUGAAAGAUGUGUGCUUUCGCACUUUAACAUCAUAAGUUAUACCAUUGCCAUAGCCACUCGAUAAAAAAAAAGAUGACGGUCAGAAAAUUUUCAACAAUGACUUUGCAUUUCUCUUGUGCACCUGUGAGUAGCUAUUUGUACUCAUUCGGUCUGUUUUUCACAGAGAUGUAACUGUCUAACACGCAUUCGUAACCUUUCCUUUGUUCACUCAAACGAGAUCGAAAUCCCUUCCCGACUUACGUUUUUAGUUAUCUAUUUUUCUGGAGAUCUAUGAAUCUCUUUCAGAAAAUAGAGUCGCGUCAUUGAAGUGUUCUUUCCCUCCUUAGCUCUACCUGACCUUGUCGUUAACACCGAUAUUCUCAGAAGUUACAUGGAAUUGAAUGUUUUUCCCUUAUCGGCGCUGAGAUGUGCUAUGGAAGAAAACUGUCUCAGUCCGUCUGCAGCACGUUUUUUAAGGUAAAAUUUUCAAAAAUAUUUGUAGACAAGAACUUAGUUCUACCUUAACUCAACAGUUUUACGACUUACACAAUGACUUUGAUCAUGUUCUCAUGUCGGUUUCAGAUAUUCAGACACUUAUCGCAGGCGACUAUUACGAUUCAGCGUUCAAGUUGAAAACAGGGGGUUGGAUCACUUCAGACCAAAAGCUGACAAGUCAACUUGGCAGUGGCACAAAUGCCACCAACAUUAUCACUCCAUGGAAACAUUCUCUUCUUACGAUCUCCUUCGUAAGUACAAAUUAUUGCUGAUGCCGUGAACCUACGGUCAGUUUAAAGGUAAAAACGAAAUAGUCAAUCACCAUGGCGACACUUUAAAUUGCGAAUGUAUUGGGUCUGCUGACGGUGUUUGAACGAAAUGAAUCAGUUCCAUAAAUGGAACACGAUCAAAUUCUCCCUUUGGUUAACUAUAUUUUGAUCUUUGUUGUAUCCUAUUUUAUUUCAUUUUUUUAAGAAUUGUAGAAAGCUCCGAUAAAGACCUUUUUGUUUCACACAAUUGUGUUUUUUUUUUGCUAUUGUUCGUCGGUGCUUUAGUUCCGUUUUGUGUUGUUUUUGAGAGAUGCUAGCGUGGGAUGUGCUACGUUUCCGGAAAUCAUCACAAACCAUUUCAAAAUCCUCAUAGAUCCUCCUUUCGCUUAAGCUGGGCAAAUAUUGAGUCAGCCAAUAGAUAGGAAUUUUGAUAGGUGAUGAUAUAGCUGUUUCAUUCUACCAUAAGGGCUUAAAUAAAGUCUUUAAGUUUCACUCUUUCCGUUUUAGGUCAGAGGAGCGGGAAAAAGGUUUCCCAAGGACACAAAGCUAGUUUCUGUUUAGAAGACACCAAAUGCGAUUCUGGGUUUGACAAAGUUUGGAACUGUACUGACAUGGGAGAUCAGGGCAUAUCACCAGGAUGUUAUGACAUUUAUCACUAUAACAUCGACUGCCAGUGGGUGGACUGUACUGAUUUCGUACACGGCGCGUUUUAUCUUCGUGUUCACAUCAAUCCAGGCAACCAAGUGGCUGAAUCAGAUUUCAAGAACAACGUAGCCAAAUGUUCAGUGUAUGAUUACGGAACCUAUGUUUAUGCACUCAGGUGUUGGCUGGGUGAGUCUGAUAAUAGAUCACAAUAACGUGAUGAAUCUUCUGCUACCGUAAAGUAUUCAAUUCUUGCAGGGGUGCUAUUUUACAUGCUGGCAAUUUUUUGUGUUUUGAGGGAACUGCCGUAUUUACUCGAUUAAACGCCGCGGCGUUUAUUAUAUUUUUCGUGAUUCGAGUGUGGCGUUUAUUCGAGGGCGGCGUUUAUUUAGAAUCCAAUUUAUUUCUUGCAAACAAUAGUGUGGUAACUGAAUAAAUACGGAAAGUUUCUAGUUUCCAUUAGAGAUGACUGAUAUCUCAACUACGAACUAAUAUUUGCGAUUUUUUAACUUAAGUACCGGAACAUCAACGAAGCAAUAAACCUACUAUGUUCCAAUUUUCGAACUUUUCAAGUUCUACAGUUAAGUAAAGAGAUGCAGAGUGUCCUGCGUCGAUUGUUGCUCUUGAAGGAAGAUGGUAGAUUUUCAGCGUUUUGUUUUGUGGAAACUAUGCGCAAUUUUUUUUUUAUCAUUUUUUAUCUGUUUCGGGAAAACUGAAAAUAUUGGUAUGCAAGAUUGAUGUAACAGAUGAUGAUCUCCCGUAUUCAUCAACUUCAUUUCCAAUUUAAGGCAUUUUCAUCGAUGACUAUAGGUCGUCGAAUAUAUAUAUAUAUAUAUAUAUAUAAGUUAAAGAAUUAAAGAGGACGCAUCGAUUCUCUGUGACUCUGAGUUUCGCGCCUAAGCGCUCGUCUGUCUGACGAGCGCUUAGGCGCGAAACUCAGAGUCACAGGGAAUCGAUGCGUCUUCUUUAAUUCUUUAACGUAUAAAUACUUAGCUCUACUACCACAGCAUUCAGCACUUUAUGCCAAGAUAGACUCUACCCCCACAUUCAUUUAUAUAUAUAUAUAUAUAUAUAUAUAUACACAUAUAUACACCCGUUUUCAAAAACGUCGUAAUUUUGAAACAUAUAUUAAAUAUAUAUAUAUAUAUAUAUAUAUCUUGUUUUCUUGUAAAAAGUUUCUUUUUUAUGAGAAAAUAAAGGUAAAAAAAUUUCAUAUAUAUUUUCAAAUUUACACCGUUUUUGGACUCUGUGACUGCUCAGAGGGGUUUCUAAAUAACAGUCGGAGUUUGUUUGUUUGUUUUCUUCGCAGAGGACUGUGAGAGUGGGAUCGAUACACAUGGUGGAAAUUCCGGAGGGAACUGCUGCGUGUUCCCGUUCCUCUAUAAAGGCAAACUCUAUCAUGACUGUACCACGGAUGGUUUUAUUAAAAGGUGGUGCUCUACCACUUAUGAGUUUAAAAAAGACAAAAAGUGGGGAAUAUGUUACGAUUAAAAUAUUAAACUGACCUGCAUCCCAAACAUGAUUAUUUCAAAAGCCAUAUAUCGAAUGCAAUGUGAAGUAUGACUUUGCUCAAGGCGGGAAGGGAGGUGCAAGUCGUUGCUAGUAGGGAAGGGGUGGAAACCAAGGAUUUUUGUGUCCUACAAUGUUGGCAAUAUAUCAACCAUAGAGUUAUCGUAAGCUUAAAAAGUAGUUAUUAUAUUUUAUUAUUACUUUGCUACUAUUACUUGUCGAUCUCAUAACAUGACUCAAAUGAGCCUUCAGUUAACAUUUAGCACCUUCGGGGGGGGGGUUUACGUCGAUCAUGUCUAGCCUUGGACGUUUGGUGGCAGUUCUCCCUCGGAAGCCUUAGCAACUGUUUGCAAACUUUUGUUGCAACUUUUGUUACAACUUUUGUUGCAACUGUUGUUGCAACUUUUGUUGCAACUUUUGUUGCAACUGUUUUGUUGCAACUUUUGUUGCAACUUUUGUUGGCAACUCUUUGUAUAACUUUUAUCGCAUCAGGAGUUGAAGAUACUGCGAAUUACUCGGUGUAACAGUGUUUUUAUUCCAAAACCUUUUUCUGCCAAUUGAAUUUGUUUCCUACAAGCUUUUGCCUCGAAAAGAAAUUAUACAAUCUCUGGAAAAAAUUUUACAUUUCUAAUGUACCUGUUCAAGUUGUCCAGGUAUAAGGAAGCGUAGAGCGCAUUUUUCUUAGAUUACCCACCCCAGAGAAAGUUAAGUAAUUGGGCGCCUUUAACCGUUUGGAUGUCUUGAGACAUGACUAUCAGGAAAUUUUAAUUCGGUGCUAGUAGGAGAUAAUAAUUCUCACGCUCUCCGGGUUUACAUGGUUCAAUGUUGAGAGAGUUUGGUGUAACUUAUACAAAUUACAAGCAAAGUUUUGACACUACAUUGUCAACAUCUUUCUGCCUACGUAUACGAGAAAUAUUCAGGCACGAAAGAGCUUAAGAAAGGCACGAAAGAGCUCUAAAGGCACGAAAGAGCUCUAAGAUCUUAAGCCGCUCAAAAAAAUCGUUAAUCUCUAUAAUUUCUAAGAUGUCCGAGGGAGCUUCGUGUGAACAUGCUCAUGUGAUCGUUACUCCUCUAGUAUUUAUUUCACUCUUUUUACACAAUCGAUGUUUGCCCUUCCUUAAAUAUCGAGUAAGUAUUUAUUUUAUCUUAUCUUUCUUUCCUUAACUUCCAUCAUAACACAUUCUUUAGAUCAAAUUUCACAAUUAAACCUCAUUUUGUUCUGUAGUUAUGCUCGCUGUGUAAUGCUCUCAGCGUGGGUGCUCUCUCUAUCUUAAUGAGCUUGCUGUUCAAAUAAAUAUCACUGCUUUUACUUUUCAUUUCGUAUCGCAAGUUAUUUGUGUUCUGAAUGAAUGUUAAAAAUUACCCUCACCAUUUUUUUUAGUCUUGUUUCCAAAUCAUUUACUCUUUCACUCACCCCCCUUCCCCCCCCCUCCCCCAUCGUCAUCAAUUGCCAACUGUUUCAGUGCAAUAUAUUGCUGCAAUUUGCGUUCAACCCAUGAAAUACAGUACCACUGAGAAGCAGUUUCGCAUUACUGCGAGCACACCAACAUUUUGUUGACUGCCGUUGAAAUAGAUGAAUCGGGGUCUCUAUUGGUUUUGAGCCGGCGUCUUUUCGACGUUAUUUUGUUUAUUUUCCAAAAAGUAAGGAUGAGUGUAAAGAAGACGUUGCUGUUUAACCCUUUAGCUCCAAAGAGUGACUGAUUUCUAAUUUCUCCUUACAAUAUCACGCUCGAAUCAAAUGUAAGGGUCAUGAGAGAAGAGGAACUGAUCAUUAUUUUAAGGAGCGGUUGAUUAUUGAUAUGGAAGCGCCCCUGACCGGGGAAUGAAUCACAAACAUAGGUAAUACUUUUUGUGGUUUCAUUUUUAGAGAAAUGGUUCUUUCUAGUUUUGAAUUAAGGGUAUUUUUUUAGCGAAUAGGUAAAUCACGAGUAAAGUUUGCGGAACGUUACAAAAAUAGAUAAUUAAUGUAAUGACUCCGAAGUCAAUUGUUCGAAACACGGAAUUUAUAUUGAAUAUUAAACUAGCGAAUCAAACCCAACUCCAAGUUGUUACUCAAGCACUGCAACUCUCAAAUAAAACCGCUUUUAUAUUCUUUCUUAGUACAUGUAACUGACAAUUAUGAUUACAAAAAAUCUCAUCAUGGUCUAUUAGGCUUUUCUAAGAUCCCCAUGGUUUGAUAAUCUUAUUACAACUUGAUGAAAGCACCUUUGUUUUGUUUUGUCUCAAAUCCUUCCUCGCGGAAAGUUUUCAUACUUGUAGUCUCCCUCGCGUGCGUUCUUUGGAAUGUUAUGGGCUACAAGAUUACAAGAUUACAAGAUAUUACUUUUGACUUUCAAAGCGCUCAACGGACAAGCCCCUAGUUACAUCACUGAACUGCUGAAGCCUUAUGUACCAACCAGAAAUCUGAGGUCCUCCUCCAAAAACUUACUUAAAGUACCACCUGUCAAGCUAGUAAGUUAUGGUCACAGGUGCUUCUCUUUUGUAGCAUCGACUCUAUGGAACUCUCUUCCGAACAUCAUAAAAGAGAGCAGCUCGCUAUCAGACUUUGAGACCUGUAUAAAGACAUACCUUUUUAACAAAUUUUAUAAUUAACCUUCUUAACAAAUUUUAUAAUUAGCUUAGCGAGUUAAUUAGCUAUUUUAUAGUUAGCUAGGUCGCUAGUUAGUUGGUUAGUUAAUUAGUUAGUCAGCUAGUUAGUUAGUUAGUUAGUUAAUUAGUUAGUGAAUUAGUUCUAUUAUAAGUUUCACAGUUUUUUACUCUCAUCAUUACAGAUUUUUUAUUAGCUAGUUUUUUACUCAUAUUUUAGUGAUGUUUACGUUUUUAUAAAUUUUAUCAAUGUCUUUUAUAAAUGAAUUGUAAAGCGCUAUUGAAUAGCAAUAGAAAUAGCGCUAUAUAAAUACUGUAUUAGUAUUUAUUAGUAACCUUUGCGUGAUGUCAAAAGGGAAUUUGAUACUUUUACUUGCGUGUCUGAUGUCGACACUAAUUUUCAAAUACAAAAGAUAGUUGUUUUUCCCUUCUGGCAGCGGGCCUACCCAUAAAAGUACAUUGUUUUGUUCACUUAUGCAACGGACGGCACCAAAUGAAGAUCGACUCAACAUGAUGUGUGUUUUGCUUAUCGCGUUCGUCUCUUGCCUGAGGUUUGCCGGUGGCACAGAGGUGAGACUUAUUGGUGGAAAGCACGAGUUUGAAGGCCGAGUUGAGGUGAAAUACGACGACGAAUGGAGAGCAGUUUGUGACCAUGGAUGGAACAAGAAGGCGGCCAAUGUAGUUUGUAGAAUGCUUGGAUAUCCAGAUGCGUUGCGCUUUACAAAAGGGUGAGCAUACGUUUCUAUCUUGUGGGUCGGCAAAUGUCAUCCUCUAGUGUUUUGUGCUGAUGAUUUUUGUAUGCGUGGUGUUUAAAGGUUCCUAAGUGCAUAGGGAACACAGAAACAGAAAGAGCGUUAAUUUUCUGUCAAUUUUCAGGUAAGCGAUAACAAAAGCGAGGCAUGAGCGAUGACAGCACGAAGGGCAAGUCAAGCACUUCGCGUUUGUCUCGCACUCGCCACGCUUGUCAUGCAUACUGCAGUUUGAAGGUCGACCAUAUGAAAUUGUCCAUUUGAACAAUUCAGGAGAAGUUUGACAAUAAAGAUGAUUAUUUUAACUUAAAAACUUACUUAUUUAUUCUUGUGUUUUUCACGUUAUCAUAUGUCCCAACCAAUGGUGUAGCUCCAUCUUUCGGUAUCUAAACCACACAUAACCCCCACCCCUUGAUUCGUUUUGAUUGAGGGCUAACGCUCAAAACGUCAGCUUUAAAAUUUCUUUCUCUGGGCCAAUUUACAUUAUCAACUCAGGUGAUGACACGAAAUUACCCCUCACCGACGCACUUCCAUAGUUUCCUUAGAAACUUACCCCUAUAGCGAUUUGGAAAGUAUAUAGGAAAGUUUUCCCUAUGUGUAAAAGGGGUAGGUUUCUAAAGAGACCGUGGUGCUGUGUCGCUGGGAGAGAAUAGCAAGUAAUUUAGUGUUAAAAACUGAGUUGAAAACGUGAAUAGGCCACCGUAAAGAGUUAUAAGGCUGACGUUUCGAGCGUUAGCCCUUCGUCAGAGCGAUUGGAGGAAUUGUGGGUUGUGUGUAGGUUUGUAUGCAGAAAAUGAAUCUCCCUAUGCGGAUAACUUAUGUUAUGUGGAGUUCCCUGUGUGGAUAACUUACCAAACAGCAUCUAUAACAAUUUUUAACAUUUUGCUUAAAAUGUCCUUAGACACCUAACCUUUGGUCGUGGAGAUGGAAAAUUUUGGUUAGAUGACGUCAUAUGCGGUGGUAGAGAAUAUGACAUUGAAAGAUGCUCACACAGAGACUGGGGACAACACAACUGUCGUUCAACUAAUCAGGCUGGUGUUAUAUGCAAGCUACAUCGAAGUGACACAAUAUUCGAGCCCGAGCCAUCAUCAGCCAGCGGAGAGGUAUGAAGAAUACUAUGUCACUUAUAAGCGAGCCAUAAUGAGCAUUCUUAACAUCAUUGGCAGGGUAUUCAAAAAGCACGUGUGGCUUUCAAUACUCUGAGUGGUGCACCAUCCGAUAGACUUGGCUGGGCUCAAGUCUCGGUGAGCAUGACUUUGCACCAAAUGAAGCUGAGAUUAAAAAGAGAAUAGAAUAAAUAAAUUGGGUGACGGACAUACCGUCCUACUUAAUUAUCACAUCUCUACAUUAACCUUCUGACCCGUAAGAGUAACCAGUAUCUAAUUUCUCCGUACAAUAUCGCUCCUGCAUCACUCAUUAAGGUCACAUGAAUAAAGGAAAUGAUUACCAACUGAAGAAGCUCUUGAUUGUUAACCAAAUUCUCCCCGUCAGCAUCUUAGGAAAUGUAUGGAGAACAGUAUGGAGAAUAUGCAUACUGAUGAUAGGGUGUAAAAGGGUUAACCCGGCUCAUGAUAAGCCUUAUAUAUCUCCGUCUCUUUGACGAAAACUCACAAAGUAUUAAUUAAUUCCUUACCCCAAGGAUGUAAUAAAAUCAGAUCUGUUGCUCAUUUAAGUUAUGAUUUCGAUUCUUCUUUUAUUGAGGUGGUACACGUGAACUUAAAGUUACAAGGCCCAGUUGUUGAUGACUACAUAUCAGAAGGUGUCGUUCAAGUGGAGCACGAGGGAGAGUGGGGUUACAUUUGUCCUUCUCAGUGGACUCAACUGAACUCGUUCGUGUUGUGCGGCCAACUGGGAUUUCCUAAUGCUGAGAAAAAUGGGUCCUAUACAGAAACCAUCCAAGAUUUGGAGCCCGUCUAUUGGCUGGACCAAGUCACAUGCAAAGGAUGGGAGUCAUCGAUUGUGUCGUGUGACCAUGCAGGUUGGAUUCACCGCAAAUGUGAGAUUGGAGGAGCACUGAGGAUCAAAUGCGCGCGCAAAAAUAUCACGCAGGUGGUUAAAGCUCUUGUUCAGUAGUUUUUUUGGCAAUAACAUUUGUCAAAAUAUUAAUUUGAUUUCAGAGAUGAUUGAACAAACAAAUAAACAUCAAAAACAGAAGCAAGAAUUUCGGUUCUAAAUUUUACCUGGACAGGUAGUUAACAUUGUUAAAAAAUUCACUUGCACAUUCGUAGCCUCCAGUGGUGCGACUUCGAGGUGGUGCCAUGGUUUCUGAGGGGCGAGUGGAAAUGAAGUACCGUAAUGAAUGGAGAACCAUAUGUGACGACCACUGGACACUGAAGGAAGCUAAUGUAAUCUGCAGGUUUUUAGGCUAUGGGUCAGCGGCAGUAGCAGCCCACAGCGCGUACUUUGGGAGAGGUAUUGGAAAGGUAAAGUUCUUUACUGAUAUGUUUUUCAAUAUAUUAUUUAUAUUUAUUAUAUAUAUAUUUAUAUUAGCGAAAGAUGUUGGGUGAAAGUCGAAGGCAGUUUGGUCUAAGGGGGCUAAGAUAAAGGUUCAAAUACGGAAUAGGGAAAAAAUCGCACUUCUUUUUCAUAUUAUCAUGAAACCAUGGAAGCAUGACAAAUGAGUCUUUUCAAAAUUGACUAAGCGUAUUUGUGUACUUUUCUAGGAGAUGCUGCACAAUUUACGCUGUCAGGGUGACGAGAGAAACAUCAACCAAUGUCAACAUCACGGUUGGCGCAGAACAGAAUGUAAUCACUAUGAAGACGCCAGCGUCAAAUGUCAUUCUCCAAAACUUCAAGGCCAUAAGGUUAUAUCCCUGGAUUUCUUAACAAUUUAUUGAUUUGUUUAAAUAACAAAUAUUAAACUUUUUUUCAAUUGCAAAGGGUUCUACUUCAUAAAUUCCGUUCAAGGGAACUACAAUUCUUUUCAGAUGUGUUUCAAAUUAUACAAAGCUACUUGUGACAAAAUAGUUUGGUAAGGGAUCAAAACACCAUAGAGAAGCGAGAAUUUCAAACAAACGAAGAACAACUUUCCGUUGCAAUUAUUUUAAAUACAAAUUUGAUGGAGGACCAAUCCCUGCUGAUCCAAGACUGCGCUAAAGCUGUGUGAAGUGGUCGCUCCGACCCAAAUACUUGGCUGAGAUACUUUAAGUUAGGCGCUAUAUGAGAGGCUAACUCAGGCACACGACUUUUCAGUUUGGUAUAUUACGACGAUGCGACGGGUAAACCUCAAAAAUCAUGUAAAGUUAAAUGCGUCAAAAAUAGUUAUGUACCAUGAAAAGGAGAAUCACGGUAACUGAUGUAAGAUACUAGAAAAAGCGUUCGCCUUUGGUUGACGCGCUAAAAGGUGGAUUGAGUGGUCAGUUUGUCUUACAGCGCCCCUCUAUUGCCACGAAAAAAUGAUAGCUAUUGGUAAACUGUCUAAGAAUCCUGAAGUAGUGCCGUUGGGUGGGGGGACACCAACGAAGGACAUACCUAACUUCAUGAUGUAAAUAUGCAGAACAAGGGUGGGUUUCAAAAGUGUUCUUUCCAUUUUUACCACAACGUGAUAUGUAGUUGUUUACAAUGAUGCAAUUUAACAGGAAUCGAGUCUCGAGUCGUAAAUUUCAAGCUCUGUUCCUGUCUCCUAGAUUAGGCUCGCUGGUGGUGCAAAUUCCUUCGAAGGUCGAGUGGAAGUUUUUCGUGACGGACGAUGGGGAACUGUUUGUGCAGAUAACUGGCGAAUAGAAGAAGCAAUGGUGGUGUGCCGACAGUUGAAUCUUGGAUACGCUAGUCAAGCAGCAACGCAGAAUUAUUUUGGCCCCACAAAUCUGAAAGUUAUAAUGUCUGGAGUAAUAUGUCGCGUGGACGAGAUCUCCAUUUACAACUGUCAACGUCAUCAGUGGGACAAUACAACUUGCAGCAACAAACACAAAUUAGCAGGAGUCAUUUGCAUAGAUGGUAAGGUUCAAUAACUUUUCCGUUCAGAUUUGCCUGAGAACUUGUAUCCCUGGGCGAAUUUUGUUUUAAUUGGUGUAAAAGCAAACAAAAUGAAAUCAGUUUCCGUAGAAGAUAAGUCUCACUGAUUUCAGAUCCAUUCAUUACAGUUUCUGGGUUAUUCUUGUUGUUCAAUGCACAAGAGAAAAGCUGUCUUCCCUUUCAAGGACUAUACACGUGGAAAAAAGCAAGAACAAGCUCGAGUAUUUCGACAGUAGACAUUAAGGGUGAUGUAAUGAUGGGGCACUUUCUUAUACCGCUUUACAUUAAAAUGACAGAAGAAAUAUUUUUGAAAUUAAGGAAGUCGAUGGAGCAAUAGCGAGUAUCCUAAGAAUUAGGAUAUUAAGAGGAAUUAUUUAGAGUCGGAUGACAUCUGUUAAUAAUAAUUCCAAGCUGAUUAUUCAAUCUUGAUAAAUCUAUAUGAAAAAUCCGCCAUCAGAUGAUUUUGUAAAGGCAGCAGAUGAAAAGAAGGGAAAGAAAAAGAGAACGAUAACAGCUUGGACUAAUCAGUGUACCGUCUUUUGGUUAACAGAGUUACCAGAUCUCGUCAUCGAUACUGAAGCUUUGAGAGAAGAGAUGCGUACGCAGUCACUCCACGUUGACUUUCUGCAAUGUGCAUAUGAGGAGAAAUGUUUGGCAAAAAGUGCAGAUGUUCUCUUUAGGUAUGUUGUCCAGAUGUUUUCGAGAUCUCACGAAAAAUCUUCCAGAAACUCUUGAGUGUUUGCUUAAAAUUGACUAUAAUAUUUCAUUUCCUGGACUUAUUUGACAACGACAUUUCGUUAGUGACCUUGCUCAGAGUUAGCCUUCUGUUACAAGGCCAGUUCAGGAAAUUUAAAGAGGAAAUGUUAUGCAAAUGUUUUUAAUGCCAGCUCCGUUGGUAGUUUUCCACAAUUAACGACUGUGAGCAAUAAUUUCCCAUUAACCCUUUCUACUUCACGCUUGGAAUUUUUAUUAAUUAAUUAAUAAAAAUAUUAAUUUGGAAUUAAUAGUAGAACAAAUUAACCUAUCCUAAUCAUUUUUGCCACUCAGUUCAAGUGGGGUUGGGCGAAACCGGAUGCGAAAACUGUUACGAUUUACAACAAAGAUUGAAAACAGAGGAUGGGACCAUUUCCGACCGAACUCGCCCAGGUCAGCCUGGCAGUACCACCAGUGUCAUGGCCACCAUCACUCUAUGGAGACAUUUGCUACCUAUGCUCUGCUACGUGAGUACGAGCCAUGAUUGCUCUUGUCAGCUAGUCUCUUGGGAUAGAGAGAUUUCCUACUGAGUGUCUAACUUAGAUCGAAAUGGUUUCAGUAGUAUCAGCAGAUGUACACUUUUCCCGUGCUUGUAGUGCUCGUCUCACGAACAACAUCUUUGUUCUCAUGGCUCAUUACACUUCCUUCGAUCUGACCGGCUGAUGUAUAGUUUUUCGAAAUUAUUUCUUGUAACGAAAUUUAAGAAUAUAUUUUAGAAAUCUAAUUUUUAACUCAGUUGCGCGCAAGGACUCAGUUAUCAAAUGACACGCUCCAUCCAUCAGUACAUUUUCUCGGCGAGAUUUUCGCCUAGAGUUUUUCAGGCUGAACCACUUAUCUUCAUUAAAUUUCAAUUUCAUAAUGAGAAUAAUGAGGAAUCGUAGAACAACAGAAAAGAAUGAUGUCCCUUAAUUUUCUCUUGCGAGGAAUGGAAAAAAUCCUCAUAUAGUUUGUCAAAACUCCACCGUCGAAAUCUACAAGAAAUCGAUAUCACACUCAGUAGGAGCUUAAAAAAAGAUCGCCGAGGUUGUUGGAAAAAUAACUACGAAAAAUUGGGUAUCAUUUUAAAAAUAACUCGAGAAAAGGAAAAAGUAUGUUUCCAGGUUUAAAAAAUUCGCGAUUCGAAUCCACCAUUUUGGAAACUAAUUCCUCUUGUUGGAAGCGUUAUUGGCGUCAGAUCGCUAUACAGUUGAUUAAUUUUAUUUUUUACCUCAAAAGUUUCUUCGCGAUUAGUUUUUCAAAGAGGUGGAACGAAAUAUUCUCACUGUUCCACAAUUUUGCUACUUCAAUCUUUUAUCUAUAUAUAACAAAAUCGCUUUUUGCUUUAAAGGUCGGGGUAACUGGGGAAAAGCCGCUGACGGGCAUAAGGCCAGUUUUUGUUUGGAAGAUACAGAUUGUGAUCCGGGCUUCGAGAAGAAAUGGGAUUGCACCAGGGGCGGUGACCAAGGCUUAUCUCCCGGAUGUUUUGAUGUUUACAGUCAUAAGAUUGACUGUCAGUGGAUCGACUACACCGGCAUCUUCAGCGGAGCUUUUUUUCUUCGAAUUCAACUCAAUCCUGGAAACCAAGUGGCUGAGUCAGACUUCAAGAACAAUGUUGCAAAGUGCUCUGUUUAUGACUACGGGAGUUUUUUUAUGGCUCACAAGUGCUGGAUUGGUAAGUCAGUUUUAUGUUCUGAAUUCAAAGUCACAAAAGAAAAACGUACUGGUGUAUGCUGUAGAAUGUAGGCACAAGAAAGUGUUGGAGUAUACUUUUUUAAUAGUAAUUAAGAUAAUGAUAGCAGUAUAACCAUGAUACUAAGAAUUGUUAUUAUUACAAUAAUAUCAUAUGAGAUUGCCGAAGAUUUCACACAGAGGGAACAAAAUAAUUGGGCAUAAAGCAUCGCUGUAAUGUAGCCAGAGGUACCCAAGACUGUCCACUGAGUGGCGAAUUCAGUAUAUUUACUGUAAAAGAACCUUUGUCAUGUGAUUACGUAAAGAAUUUUCAGUGCCAACAGUUACUGAGGCUUCCUCUUCCAAAUUUUGCGCGGCAAGUUUAGUUAUCACGCUCAACUGGGGAACGAUCUAAGGAAUUAUGUACUCACUACUUAAAUAUCAGAAUGUUAAAGGGAUCUUAGAACACAUUUUUAGAGCUGAAUCAAGCAUUAGAACAUUGUUUUUAGAAACUUGCGAAAGCGGCGUCGAUACGUAUGGAGGGAAUUCACGUGGGAAAUGCUGCGAGUUUCCUUUCCGUUUCAAAGAUAAACUAUACCAUUCUUGUACAACUGAUGGACACAGAUACAAAAGGAAAUGGUGCUCAACAACUCCUAGUUACAGCAAGGACAAGAAAUGGGGACUCUGCUUCAACUAG